AUGCUGGAAGGGUUUUCUUUUUGUGCGGGUUUUGCCUUCAAAUCCCUGAUUUUCUCCUCUUUUUGGUGCAUUCGACACCAUCCCUUGGAAGAUUUAACAAGUGCUCACGGAGUGGGUGCUAGCAAGGAAGGGCCCGCGCCAUUGUCUAGGUUUCUUCCUUCGUUGAUUUUGCUCGAGCUGCUGGAAAGACGGAAUUGCCCCCCGUCUCUCUCACACUCUCUCUCUCCCGCGCGUCCCUCUCUCUCUCCUCUGGUUCGCGACCGCCACCACAGCCGGCCACGUUUUGGCCGGCCGUUCAUUCGUCCGGCCACCACUCGGGUCGGGACCGGUCCCAAAAUGACCGGCCUGACUUCGCCGUCCUACCCCAACCAUUCUCCGAUGUCAGCCGGCAGCGGUAUCGCCGGAAAUUGCAGAAAAACGGCCGGUUUUUACCCAGAUUUUCCGGAGCUCGUUCCGGCGAUUCCGGCCACCAAAUCUUGCGAUCAAGGUAUGGUUUCUUACCUAUUUUCCGAGCUCUAG